CCGACCGUCCUCUCUCCACUCCUCCCCAGCUCUCCCAGUUACGGAGCUCUGCCAUCGCACCAGUCCGGCGGCUUCCUCCCCAUUCACGUUACCCGCAGAUUUGUUCGACGGUUUCCCGGCUGCCAGGAGGAAGCGUGUCGGCGAGCCGCCCUGUGGAGAAGCAUGUGAUGACUCACGCAAGGCAGAAGGGUUCCCUCCGGCAGAGCGACAGUAGCGCUGAGCGGUGGGACAACAGCCCUCCUUUGCCACAUGUUGGCACUAUGGGCGACACCUGGUCUGAGCGCUCACUUAGAUUCGGGAGGACGAAAAAGAUAAGCGAAAUCAUCAAACAGAAGAAAGUUAAGGUCAAGAAUGUGAGUAACAAGGGAGGGAAGACACAAAAAUCUGAUCAGAACAGAAAACUUGACCGGAGGCGCGACAAGAAACGGGACAGGAAGUCGUACCCUUUGCGUGGCAGAGCCGGGCCUUCAGACGGUGAGGGGCUCAGCUGUCAUGUCCUCCUUACCCGAUUGGAGGAAAGCAUCCGCGAACAGGAGAGUUGUAAAGAAAGCACGCGAAAAGACUCACGCCGACAUUCAUUUGUCAAUCCCAAACCCAGAAAAGGGAAAAGCAGUGAAAGAAAAGAGAAAACGUCAUUACCUAAAACCAAAUCAAAUUCAAAAAGCCCUAGUCAUGGAGCAUUUAUUCUUCUCCCACAACCUCGCAAGCGCAGACUGGCCUCCCUGAAUGCCGAGGCGGUCAACAGUUUACUGCUUGAAAGAGCAACUGACCCUCAGACAGCAGCUAAACAGGCCAGAAGACAGGAAGAGUCCACUAAUGGAGGGUCUGCCCUGGUUGCAAAUCCAACUAGGAGUGGUGUCCCUGGAGGUAUAAAGGCUACACGUGGAAACAUCACUAAAUCCUCAACGACGCCCAAACUUGAACUGUGCAAAAGCUCUAAGCAGGUCAAGAAGGCCAAAGCCAACCGAGCAGAGAGCUGGGGGAUGAGCCUGGAGAGUCUGGAUGCCCCCGCCCCCAGACGUUUGGCUGGACUAAAUGCUGCAGCCCUGCUAAAGUUAACCAGUUCCUCUGCUACCUGUAAACAGAGAAUAAAGGCUGCACCCACAGCUACUAUCACAUCUGACUGCAAGGCUUCUGCUUCGGUCAAAACCCCAAAACAGCACCCAAGGGUCAAACUCAAACACAAGGGACGCUCACAAAAACAGAAGGGGAAAAAGGUCCUUUCCCUGCACAGCGGGUGCGCAGCCUGCAAGAAUAAGGCAGACUUUGAGCCCAAAGUGGAGUGGGAUACCGGCAACUGCACCCAUCGACUGACCAAACCCGGCUACCAGUCACGCAGCAUGCUAGCAUACCCGCUCAAGCAAGUGAAGGAAGAGCCUCUGGAGACCGAAAUGAGCCCAUACUACUGCUGUCCGCCAGAGGGCUCAGUGGAAUACUGCCACAGCUUGGCCUUCUUCCUGGGCCAGCAGCCCUACGGAGAAUCAGACGAUCAGCCGCUUAACUCAGCCAUUACCCCUGUGAAGCGCGAGUGCCUCGUAUCCUCACCGUCCCUUACACAUUCCCACCCACACACAGCGCUGACCCUCAGCCCACACUCCUGCCUCUGCACCGCCGACCACUGCUUCUCUAGCUACUACGUUCACAUCGCCCACCCAACACACACUGGAACAACGUCAGCAGGCCUGGCCCCGCAACCUCUGAACUUUGCCCCCUCCAGUUUAUGCCCCAAUCGGACGAAUGGCUCCAAGCUGCUGGGUCCGCAGGUGUCCCACAGCUCGGGGCUGACCCACUCUGCCUACUGCAACUCGGUGGCUUCGCCCUGCUACGGUGAAACCUGUGGGAUCAGUGGCUACACCUACAGAGCCAUGCCUCCCGUCAACAGCAGGGGAUGUUCUUUCAGUGCAGGGUGCACUGGAUGCACACACAGCAUCAAAACAGAGGGUUACUCCUCCCCUCAGGGUGACCACAGCCCCUCCCUUCUGGUUCCCCCUUCCAUGCCCAUCUCCAGCUGCCCUCUAUCCAGCGUGCCCACUUCAACUCAGACCAAACCCCACCUGCUGCCCCCCCUGUCAGGGCGAGACCAGCCGCAGGCCAGGUUAAAGCUGGCCCCUGAAUGCCCACAGAGCAACAAGCCAUCCAAUGGCUCUCUAUCCAUCGGCCGCACACGGCUGCCCCAGAAACAACAGUCGACCUUGCCAAGCUUCAGCAGCACCAAACAAAAGAGAGUCAGCCGAAGACGUGCCACCAACGGUUGGCGGACUGUGGGAAUGCCCACGGAGAGAGAAGUCUUUAUAGCGGGAGAGGAUGAGAUGGCCCUACGGCAGUGUUAUGAAGGAGUGGAGAGGGACGGGGAAGUGAUACAUGUCAGAGACACUGUGCUGCUACGAUCAGGCCCCAGGAAGAAAUCACUCCCAUAUGUUGCCAAGAUAUCAGCGCUGUGGGACGACCCCAAAACAGGAGAGCUGAUGAUGAGUCUUUUCUGGUACUACCGACCUGAGCACACACAGGGAGGCCGAGAUCCCAGCACACACUGUGAGAAUGAGAUUUUCGCCUCUCGGCAUCAGGAUGAAAAUAGUGUGGCCUGCAUUGAAGACAGAUGCUACGUUCUCCCAUUAGCCCAGUACUGUAGAUUUUGUGCCUUUGUGAAGCGACGUGCAGAAGGCGCCCCACCUGGCAGUGCCAGCGUGGUCCCUGCCGCUCCGACUUCGCCCCCCCCCUCCCACCGCUGUGUGCCCACAGAUAUCGACCCCGAGCUGGUGUAUCUCUGCCGGCAUGUGUAUGACUACCGAUUUGGACGCAUCCUGAAGAACCUGCAGUAGAGGGUAGACGGGGUGCAUAAAUUAAUCAUAGCAUAGCUCCCCCCUCCUGCACGGAGGCAGCGGUGGGGGGUGGGUCAGUAGAUGAAGGACUGAAAACCCCUGUCUUUCCUGCUAGGGAUGCUCACGACCACAGGGAAGGGAAAAAAGUUUGACACAUUAUGAAGCACAGAUCCCUUUAGUUGACUACAGAGGGGCUUACAAUGCGAUACAAUCCGUAUCUGUCAGAGCACCGUCACUUCCUGGUUUUUAAAGAGCCAGAAAUGUCAUUCAUCAUCUACCACAGCACUCUGAGGUUACACGGAGGCUUUCGUGCGUCCCUCUCCUCGCCUGCCAGGAAUGAAGAACACCAGGCUGAACUUGGCUCCUGUCAGGGCUGCAUUUCCCCCCAAAGCAUCUUAGCACCACAAUCAUGUUUGUUCCAUUUGUAAGCCAUCGGCUCAGGAAUGGUCCGGCGCUAAGGUGCUUCCGGGAGAACAUUGUCAGCUCAAUGUUAACAGUGUUCAAACGAUUUGAACUGUGUGUUUCUUAGCGUGUGAAAGAGAGAGUGGGAGAGUGUUUGUCAGUAUGGAUAAAUUGAUAAAUGUGGGUAUGUGUGCUGUUCUUUUUUUUUUUUUAGGAGGCUUUCAGGCAAUCAAACCAAACAAGCAGCUUUAGAGGAAGCUGAGCUCUCUCUCUCUCUGCCCAUCCUCUCUUUCAGUGUGCCACAGAAACAUUUUCAUCUCCAGUGAGGCCCUGCGUGAACUACAAGAGUGUACCUGAAGAGGGUUGUGAAUUUUUCCUUACCAAACUCGACUCUAGAACAGGGCUUAGGUCAGGACACAAAUGGCACUACACUGAUUUUAUUAGUUAAAACAAAUGUUUUAAUCUCAGCCAUGGUCCUGCUUUAAAGAAGCCUUGUUUAUAGAGAGGCUCUUCUAACUGCCCAAUGGAAAGAGUUACUGUAACUAUACCUUAACUGAGGAACCGGGAUGCUCCUGAGCCCUGCGGGGGCUUAUAGAGACGUCUUCAUAGUUUUUCUUUUGUAUUUUUUCACCUUGGCUUUUCUCUGUGACUUGCCUUAUGACUUGCAGAUAAAGCUUUAUGCAGCUAGUCUCCCCACAUCCAACUACAGAAGGAAGAAAGUGGAUACUGUCAUUCCAAGGAAAAGAUUGUCUGAUUGACAGCUAUGAAAUGAUCAGUAGACUAAAUUGCACCGGAUUAUGGAUGCAACCAGUAAUUUCUUCUAUCAUUAAUUAUCCCUUUUUGUCAAUUAAGUGUCACGAAAUGGUGAAAGAAAAUAAUUUCCAACAGCCAGAGGUGACUUCUACACCCAAAGAUGUUCAGACACACUAAAAACCACCAAAUUGAAUGACUAGAACCAGGCCAUGUUUGGCAUUUCUUGAUUAUUAAAUGACUAAAAUGAUCAGUCAAUCGGCUAAAUUUGACUCAUUGUCGGUAAGCUGGUUAGAAACAGUUCUCAUGGCUGUGCUAGCUGCUUAUGUGGCACCCUGAAAAAUAUCGGAAACGUCUUUUCUACACACUCUUAUUCUAUAUCCACACCAAUUAUUAUUCUUCCUCCUCCCCCCGAAGAUAAACCAAAGGAUGUCACACAAGUCCCCGUCUCCCGCCCUCACACUUCUCCUCGUCAGCACUUCCCUUUAUUAUAUUGCACUAAUCCAUUCCUUAAUUACAACCAACUUCUUUUUUUUGUUUGUUUCAGCUACUAAUUUAUCUGCGGGGGGACCUACUGUGUAUCAUUUAUGUGUGUGUGUGUGUGUGUGUGUGUGUGUCUGUGUGUGUGUGUGUGUGUGUGUGUGUGUGUGUAAGAGAAGGAUUAAGUAAGUAAGGAUUUCAUGGCUGCUUUUUGUCAGUGCUAACUGUAUAUUACUAUUCUUUCAACCUUAGAGUCGGCCAACGUGUUAGCAUGUUGCACAACCUGUUGAAUCCCAUGGAAGAUAUAUAGUAUAUAUACAGUAUAAGAAUGUAUAUAUUACUAGAGUCAUUCCAUUUGAUUUUUCAAUCAGCUCUGACAUACUUAUAUAAAUAUACAGUAUAUAUAUAUAUGUAUGUAUUCACACUGUUAAUGUGAUUUAGAUUUGAAAAAGGCAUCUGGAGGAAGGCCUGACGCAUUGUGUGGACAAAUGUAGCAGCUGUAGACGUGUAUUUGGAUUGAAGGGGGGUUGAGGGGUGGGAAUGCGUGGGAGGGUGUUCGAUACUUAAUUGAGUCAUGGAGGAUUUCACACCACACUCAUUCAUUGCCUUUAACCUGCAAGUGUUUUACUGUCACUCAGAAAGCGAGUAGCAUCGGAGUGUGUGUACCAUAAAGAGUACCCGAUUGCUUGCCUACACUGCAAACGCCCCGUUCUGCAACAUUGGAUAAGCUGUAAAAGUUUGUAACACUCUAAAGCCAUCUUUUCUCUAUUCGAGUAGCACGAGUCCUCUAACCCACAACAACAAUUCCCAUAAUUGGGUUUUUUUUUAUUUCUAUUAACGCCCAGAUUCUUCAAAGAGGUGAUAUAUUCUCCUACGUUACAAUUUCUCCUUAUUAAGAAUAUUUUAUUAUGUCGAUUUUCCUAAGAUGGCAUAUGCAAUAUAUUUUUAGAUGUACUAUUUUUGGAAAAUGAGCUUAACUAAUCAAGAAAAGAAUAUGCAUUAUUUUUCAUUCAGUUCAAAUUAGUUUGAAGACAUCACAGCGUUAAUUGAGAUUUGACCAAAUGGAAGAAAUGAAGGGAUGUCAUCAUAUGACCAGAGGUUGUUGAUAAUACGCAGUGAGGAACUCCCUUCUAGGCAAUUUCUAAUAAAGUGUACAUAUCUGAAUCCAGGAAGCACCGGGCACUCUUUAAACGACAGCCAAUGCACAGUGUAGUAUUUUUUUGCAAGAUCUGUAAUAAUUAUAUUUAAACUAAGAAAAAAAAUAUUUAAAUGGAGUUAACAAUACAAUAUAUUAAGAUUUCAAUUUAACUUAUUUGGAAAUACUGUGUCUAAUUGAUUAAUGAUAUCCUGUUUCUUUGCGCUCCAGGAUAGAAACGACUUCUGUUUAUUUGUAACUUAUGAGUUUAGAAGUUAGUUGGUUGAGUGACGGUUGUUGAAAGAGAUGUAAAUGUUGUGUUGGUUUAUAUCAUUUAGUCGUCAGUGGGUGGAGACCAGACCAAAGCACACCCUGGCUGAGGUGGAGUCACAGAUUUGAUUCCCUUUUCAUACUUAAAAAGUCUGACCCGAUAUCUUUGGAUAAGAGGCGACUUCUAGCUCUCCUGCCUAACCUGACUUACCUUAAGUGACGUUUGGGAGAAUGCCGUGGCAACAUGGUCACCUGAGCCUUUAUUGAUUGGUCCUAUUAGGGGAGUGAUGGAGACAGUGCACCUGAGACAGGACGGGACGUCCUCUGAGCUCCAGGUAGAAGGUCCCUCAGGCACUGAUUGACACUUAUACCAGUUUCUCUUCUCUAAAUUUAGCACAAUAUUGUAGAAAGUUUUCAUUAGUGUCGGGGAUUAGGGACUGUGUUAAAAUUACUUGUGCCCGGGUUAUGUAUCUAUGAUUGUUCUUAAAGAGCGGGAGUCAAUAUCUGUCUGGAGAGUUGGAUAUUGAAAAGUGUAUUAGCAGCACUAAUAGACUGCUUGUGUUUCCCGUUUUUAUAUCUGCACAUUAUUUUGUAAUUUUAAAGAUUUUUUGGGGGGUUACUAUAAACAUUUUCUUUCGUUAAAGUGAGGGUUAACAAAACGAUAAACAUUGCUUUUAUUAUAAAAUAAAAUGCAGGUUUUAUCUCCCCUCAGCACCUUAAUAAUUUUCACACAGUCCCUUUUACAAGUCAUUAAAACUGCAAGGUUUUCCAGUCAUCUUAGAAGAAGUGAAGGACUGAAUAUAAUAAAUAGUUGAAUUUGAGGAUUUGCUGAACAGCUUCCUCCCAGCCUCCAAAUCAGCUGGCCAACGUUGCCUUUCUCCCAGAUGUGCAUUGAUGGUGUUUGUCCCCUAGAGGGCAGGAAUCCUAUGUGUGCAGGAGUGUCUCAUGGCGCCUCCAUAAGCAGCUUCCUCCCUCUUUUUCUGUCAUUGCAUCCUUGUCUUUUUGCUACUAAGAGUGAUGCAGGACAAAAGGAGAUGAGGAACGCUCACCAAAGGAAGCCGCCAUGAGUCAUCCUCCCAAGUGUUGGCCAGCCCUGCAGGAAAGCAUGAACUAGAUUGUAUGUUAUUAUUUAUGCGACUUUUCUAGCAGCUUUGCAUGGACACAGUUGCGUCCUUUGUAGCCAUGGCAACAAGGCAGGGCCAGCACUGGGGAGGAGUUUCUGGGCACCUAGGGUGUACAUAGUGGCAGGGGUCAAACACAGUGACCUUUAGUGAUGCCACACAGGAAGUGUGUUCACUCAAAAAACAAAAGCACCCGACCGACCUAUGAGAUUCUGCUUUCUGUGUGGUCUGUAUUGAUGCUUAUUGUCAACAUAUAUUUUGAUAUAUUUGGAAGAAACGGGGGAUAUACGCAGUAUAAAAAGUCUAGAUAUUUUUUGAGUAGAGAAGCAAUGUGUGUAUCAGAUUAUUGUCACUUUGUCAUGCUCUCUGAAAAUCUCUUGGAUUUUUUGGAAGAAUUAUAUAACAUCCCUACUGAUUUAAUGUUGAAAGAAUAUUUAUAAAUUUUAAGUCCUUUGUGAAAA